AAGGUACUCAAAUGGACAAAACACUGAACACAGGAUGUUCCUACCAAGCUUGUCACACAUUGUAAUGACCAAUUCACACCUCAGACCUCUCCCACCCUUGGAAAAAAAAGAUAUGUUAAUGACCAUUCACACCACAGACCUUUCCCACCCUUGGAAACAAAAGAAAUGUUAAUGACCAUUCACACCUCAAAUUCCUCAUGAAGACCCCCUGCCAGGUGACCUUAAUGACUCCCUCCACCAGACACCUUUCCCACCCUUGGAAACAAAAG